AUGCGACGCAUGCUAACCGGUGAGGCGGUGGGUGCCAUGGCGUUUCGGUUCGGGCCAACGCGGGUGGUGGAGGUUGGCUGCACCACAGAAGGCGAAGACGGGUGGGUGGUGACGGAGGGUUGGGCCGGGGUUGGGGAGCGGGACUACUGGGUUCACGCGUGGUGCCUCCAUGCAGGCGUCAUCACAAGUUUCCGUGAGUACUUCAACACAUCCGUCACCGUCAGGGAGGUAGGCCGGCCCGCCAAGGAGGAUGUGGUAUGGGCUGUGUGGGAAAGCCAAUCGCCCAAGCCCAAGGGCCGCUCCAUGCCGGGCCUAGUGCUUGCGAUUUGA